AUGGAUUGAUGGAAAUCCGUGCCAUGACGUCGAUAGCCAUCGGCGAAGAGAUCACCAUUUCAUCGAUUCCGUUGCAUAUGAAUCGUAUCGAAAGACAACGGAUACUGAAUUUCGCUUUAAUUGUCUGUCAUUGCGAUAAAUGUAGACUACAUUUGGAUAAAGAUAUCGAUUAUCAAGAAUUUUGGGAACUCCUUCGCAAACAUGAGAAACAAUGGAAGACUUAUAAGGCUUUGAAUUUUGUUCACAUGAACUUCAACUACGAAAUGGACUCUAAUUUUAUGGCAUAUUUGGAGUCAAUUUAUGGCGAGUUUCAUCCGUCGGUCACAUUCUUCCUCUUGUGUUCGUUCAUAUGUUUCGCAAACAAUUCAUCCAAUCAUUCAUUGAUAAAACUUUGGUUCAAACGUAUUGAACGGCACUUCGACUUAAUCAUAUCAUCGAAACCAUAUAUCGCUGGAGACGUGAUCUUCAAUUUCAAUCCAUUGAUAUCUUGUGUUAAACACGAAUACAAAGGAAAACUUUGCGACAAUUGUCUCAAACCUAUGGAUCAGUUGAAGAGAUGUGCAAAAUGUCUUCAAAUGUAUUAUUGCGGCAAAAAUUGUCAGACAAUCGACUGGUCUUUCCAUAAGAAUGAAUGCAAAGCCUUCAGAGGGAAGACAAUCAGUGAUUUCGACUCUUUAUUUUUGCUAACACUUCGACUCUAUCUUCGGAUCAAAAAUGACAAAACAUUUGCGACCGAAAGACACACUUUUAUUGACGGAUCAGAUGUUUGUCUCAAUGAUAUCAAAGUCAAUGUGAAGAGUAGUUCAUUUGCUAAAAGUUUGGUUUACUUAUCGAUUAGCAAACAAUUUAGAAGUUUAGGCAUUGAUUUUGAGGCCAAAACUCUUCAUCGAUGUUAUGACUUAAUGUCUGAAAACAACUACAGUCUCGUCAAUAACAGCAGUAAUCCAAUGGAUUUCGACUCUCUUAUUGGUUCUUCAAUAUGUCUUGAGUUGUGGCCAAUAAGUCAUUCCUGUCUCCCAAACACGGCGUUUGUCCGCAAAGAUGAGUGGAUUGAAAUCCGAGCCAUGAAGUCUAUAGCCAUUGGCGAAGAGAUAACAAUGGCUUUGAUUGCAUUGUAUAUGAAUGGCGUUGAAAGACGUGAACAAUUGAAAAUACUACAUUUGGAUAAAGAUAUCGAUUAUCAACACUUCGAUCGACUUCUGGAUAAAGAGACCAUACAUUGGAACUCUUCUAAAUGCGAAUGUCUUCGUCACCUGAACUUCACGUACGAAAUGGACUCCAAUUUCGCGUUAUAUUUGGAGACAAUUUAUGGAGGCUUUCAUCCAAUUGUAUCUGAAUUCCUGUUGAAGUCAUUUAUAUGUUUCGCAAAUUCAAUGAAAACAAGUCCUUCAUUACUGAAUGUGUGGUUCAAACGUAUUGAACGGCACGAAGUUCCUUUGAGACCAAAUUCUGCUCAAGACAUGUCCGCACAGAUCGCUGUCAACACAUCCAAAGGCUUCAGUGCCGGCGAUGUUAUCAUUCAAACCAAACCAAUGGUUCACAUCAUUUGCAAUGAAUUCAAAGGUCUGUUUUGCGACAAUUGUCUCAAACGUGAGGAUCAACUGAGACGAUGCCUGAAAUGUCUUCAGAUGUAUUACUGCGGCAAAAUGUGUCAGAUGAAUGACUGGAAGUACCACAAGAAUGAAUGCAAAGUCUUGAGACACACCGACUUCCAUAGGGAACUGUUCUCAUCCGAAGAGAUACUAUUACUUCGUCUCUAUCUUAGCCUCAAGUCUGACGAGUCGUUCGCUACCAAAAGAUAUAAAUUGAUGGAUGGAUCAGAUGUUUGUCUCAAAGAAAUCAUCGUUGAAAAGGAUACCAUGUAUUCCGAUUGCGAGCGAAUGCUUGAGUUUAACAGAGUUUGCAUGUGUUUCAAUGCAUUUGGGAUCAAAUUGAGUGACUUUCAAAAAAGACAUGAGCUUUUCAAUUGGUUCGCAUUCUUGUCCAGCAGCCCAUCACAUGUGGGACUCAAAUGGUAUUCAAGAGAUAUGAAAGACUGUCAGUAUUUCUCUGAUAAAGUUUGUCGAGCGGUCUCUCUGGAGAUGUCAUCUCUUAACCACUCAUGUCUUCCCAAUUCAGCGAUUGUUACAAAUGGUAAGACAUUGUCAUAUCAGUUGUCAUAUUCUCACAACUCUUUGGCAGGACUUUCGGUUCAAUUGCGAGCCCUUAAGGAGAUCCCAAUCGGCGAAGAAAUCACUGUUAGUUUCAUACGUUUGGAUAAAUCAAAGAGUGACAGAAGAGAGGCUCUGAAGAAUGAUUUCUAUGUGUUUGACUGCAAAUGCUUGAAAUGUGAGCUCAAUCUGGACUCAGGAAUCGAUUACAACGCUUUCGAUGAGUUGAUCGCCGAAGAGAUACUCAACUUCGUUGACAAGAGAAGAAUUGAUCCAAACUCGUGGUCAGAAUACGACUCUCUCAGUUCAAAACUGAUUCCCUAUUAUGAGGCAAUUUAUGGCAAUUAUCACCCCUUCUUAACGGCAACUCUUAUGCAACAAUCGAUGACUUCUCGUAUGUCAGCUAUGAUUGCGUCGGAACCGGCCUUCAAGUGGAAGCCAAUGCUUUUGGAUUACUAUAAGACAGUGGAUCAGCACUUGAGGAUCACUCACGGCGUCGAUCACCCGUUACCAAACUCUGCUGAAGACAUGUCCGCACAGAUCGCUGUCAACACAUCCAAAGGCUUGAGUGCCGGCGAUUUAAUAAUGUUGUGCACGUAUUUCUACUCAAUCAGCACUGAAUGCCAAAUAAUACCGAUUAAUAUAGUGUUGAGAGAGAAUAGUAACACAAAUGUUGUGCCAAAAGUAGCGCCGGAUAGCGAAUGGAGUGAAUUGAUUGCUAAUAGAGUUGCCAUUUAUUCGGCAUUUUUGACCGAAGAAUCGGUGGUCAGAAUCACAUCACUUGUCGACCAGGAAUGCGGACUCAUAGCAGUCGACUGUCACUUCAGGGAACACACCUCGAGUAGAGUGAUCCACAGCACUCACGCCACUGUGAAAGUACUAGUGGGUCACUAUAGGGGUCGACUCAAAUACGCCGCCUCACAAAUCCAGUGCCAACUGCCCCGAGAGUACCACUCGUUCGCACAUUACGUGACAAUCGACUUACCAGACUUCGGCUCUACCGGGCGUACGAUUAAAGUACGCAAAAGUGACUCAUAUAAGAACCCGUCCAACGAUUUGCGUACUGUGAUGUGCGUGAUGCCCCUGUACAACACAGGUGACAUGAUCGCUAACUUGGUUGAGUUCAUGGCCUACUAUACGGCCAACGGUAUCGAGCGAUACGUGUUUUACGACUGGGAUUCUGACCCACGUUUCCGGUCACUCGUAUUGAGUAUGAAUUUUACUCAAAUAUUGCCGUUUAAAAUGCCAAUCGAUGGCCUGACUAUACACUCCUGGGGACAGAUGGCCAGUACUAACGACUGCCUACUCCGGCAUUCAAAUUCGCCCGUAAUAUUGGUAGACAUGGAUGAGUUCAUUGUUGUCCGGAAGAGUACGUCUCCUGACAAUAGCCGCACAAUUCAAUCAUUAAUUGUGCGCGAAAUGAGAGACCCGUCCGUAUCGUCACUGUUGGUCAACAACCGAUUCCUGUGCCGCGAAUAUCAGAUCCGACACACGUUUCCACGCAUUUUAAGCCACACUCGGCUCCAGUCCUACCCCUGGAGUCCGAAUUUGAGGUCAAAGGUCAUUGUACUUCGACCUAACCGUGUGAUCGAUGUAUGGGUACAUGCAGUGUAUAUGAGUGUAGAGGGCUUUCACAUGAAGGUAAUGCCCGACACGGAUGUACUGAUGUAUCACUACCGGUGUUGUCGGGGUAUGAACCAAGUGUGGCUCGUAUGGGGUCAUUACGUUCUGUUAUAUUUCUAUUCGGUGAGGGAUCAGUUCACUGAUGAUAAGGCUAUGACAGCGUUUGAAACGCCGAUCAACCGGUUUAUCGCACAAUAUUGUUCAUCUUAUCGGCUCUUCACUCAGUUUUUAGAACCGGUCUUCGAGUGGAAGCCAAUGCUUUUGGAUUACUAUAAGACAGUGGAUCAGCACUUGAGGAUCACUCACGGCGUCGAUCACCCGUUAUUGCAUUUUAAUAUUAUCUCGUUU